UGGCGAUUGGUGGCAGCUGAGAAACUGUAAUGAAACUGUCAUUACUGGGUCAAUGGUGUUGGCCAUCGUCUUAGGCGGCGCAGUGGAGGGCUAGGAGGGUCCCCCAUAGGCGUGCUAAUCGCCCCGUUACUCAUCGAUUAGCCGCCGAGUUCGCCGAUCCGUGGUGAGCAAAGUUGGGCAGCGGCAUCGUUUGGUGCUAAUGUUACCUGCGGCACGCUUUGCCCGGCUAUAGUUGUUGCACCGUCCAGUAAUCCCGUGCAAUCCCAGUGAACGUGAGACACCCUGAGCAACUAACACAACGCGUGCUAGCGAGACAGAAAGACGGUGGAAAAGAGAGAGAGAAAGAGAGAGAGAGAGAGAGAGAGAAAGAGAGAGAGAGAGAGAGCGAGAGAAUGCGAGAGUGAGAGAGAGCGCACUGAACAUUCCAGCGAGAUUCGGAAGGAGCAGCAUCUUCUAUCCGACCAGCAGCAGCAGCGUGUAGUGAGGCAUGCGCUUACUGGGACUACUAAGACCGAUACCGAAACCGAUCUGGUGCCGAUUGCCCGGGGGGAGGGGGGGGACCGAGGGGCUAGGCGAAGACGCAAGGAUGGCAUUCAAAUUUACCCCGGGGAAUGGAAUAUAAAAGGCCCAACGGUAGCCAACCAGCACGGCACAACGCAUCCUGCAGCGACAUCAACCGGACACGGACAGCAUCUUCAGGAAGCUCCCCCCCCCCCAAAAAAAAAGGAAGGUCCAAAAGGAUUCCAACAGCAUUCAACCAUUCAACUCGGAUAAAGAAGAAGAAAAAAAACGCCAGUUGAUCGAGCGCCGAGCCAAGAUCUGUUUCCCGCUGUGCCCUGUGUGCCACUCCGCCUCAAAUUAUGCUGCUGCACGCCGUAGCGGUCUCGGGGAAGAUGCCGAUCUACCUGUCGCUGACGCUGGUGCUCCUGCUUGCCGUGCACCACUGCCGCGCUGAAGCCGAGUUCGAGGGAGUGAGCAGCAGCAGCGGCAGCAGCAGUGGACGUAGCAAGCGUGGCCCGACCGUUGGAUUGUUUGCUUUCCCGCGCGUUGGCCGCAGCGAUCCGACCGAGCUCGGUCUGGACGGUUGGGAUGGCUCGGUGGCGCUACCAUCGCACGAACUCACCGAUGACUACGCAGACGACUAUCCGAUCAAGGAGAGCAAACGCCAGGGGUUGGUACCGUUUCCGCGCGUUGGCCGUGCCGGUGCCAAGCAGGAUCUAGCGAUGGCCGCAUCCCGCUACUGGCAGGCCGCCCGGAAUCUCCAGCAGCAACAGCAACAGCAGCUGCUACAGCCCCAGGUCAUCAUCAAGCGUGCCAGCGGAUCCGGUGCCAACGGGGGCAUGUGGUUCGGACCGCGGCUGGGCAAACGGGCCACCAACGGUGACCAGCAGCUGUAAGCGUGGUGCGGAAGACGUUCGGGACGGAAGGAGAGAGAGAAAGAGAGCUGCAGAGGCAGAGGCAGAGGCAGAGACAGAGAAGGUAAGUGAGUAUCCCAGUGUUCGGUCUUCUUCCGAGUGUGUGUGCUGCGGCGCAGUGUCCUUACGACUGUAUCCUUGUGGCGUAUCGUGUGUGUCAUGGCGACAUUUACAACCACAAUGGCCGCUUUGCUGGGACAAAAACGAACGCCUUGAUCCAAUAUCGGAUCGACGGUCGAGGGAUUUGUAGUGCGCACGGGUUCGAGCAUGCUUAAUACCUGUUGGAGGGGGAGGGGGGAGGUGGGGAGGGAGCUGGUGGUUUGUAUUUCGGUCCGGAAGCGAUAAUUUCAAGGCUGGAGGGAGCCGACCGGUGCCCGUGUUUACGGAUUCCGAUCGGCUUCCUGGUUUACCGGAUCGCCCUGCACUCUCUUCCCUUCUCCACCAAACCCACUGCGCCCACUGUCGUUGGUCCGUUGAUCCGCCUAGGGACCUGGUUAAAUAGGAGUAAACUUUCCUCCCUUUCACUCCUCUUCCCCACGAUGAAGCUUUCCUAGCGAACGCAGCACCACGCACACAAUGGGAUGCGAUACAAUUAUGAUAAACAGACACGGACAGUUACUAAUGACAAAGCAGAAGAAGAAGAAGAAAAAAAAGAAGAAGAGGAAGAAAACCGGGGAAAAACGGGAAAGAAAACAUUGAAAAAGAAAAACAAACAAACCGAUGACGAUUUAGCUUAUGCUGAUGAUGAUGAUGAUGGGAGAAACGUUUGUUGUAAAUAAAUCCUAAUCAGUACCAAAAACAGCGAGCAUAAAAGGCACACACCAGAUCACGCACAUGGCACUACUGUUAACUACUACAAAUCCUGACGACUGGUUUCGCCUGUUUGCUACCAGAGGGCACCAGCUCACCGGAAGCUCGUCCACUACGGAGCACCGAGAGCAAAUAAAGGUGCACGGGCGCACGGACGCAUCCUUGGCUGCGAGUGUUUGGUUUUUUCGCCGCUAGGAUUCGCAAGGAUUCGAUGAUUUUACAUCCUCGAUACUUGCCAGUAUUUUCGUCGCCAUCCUGCAUGCGCCUCGGAAGGA